CAGAUCAACAAGCACCUCCGUUGACACUGCGUGCAUACUCCUCACUGUAUUCCUCAAGGAUCUUCACCUCCUGGGAACUUUGCUCUGAUACUGGAAUUCCAUUAUCAAGUGGCUACAACCAUCAUAUUAUCAGAAGGAUAUCUACUACAAUAAUUUGACAAGUACUUACUGCAGUACAGGGGGUCUUUUUCCUUUGUUGGAUUCAGUAACCAACAGCAGAAGCCAUGGUCCUGGACGAAAUUGAGUACAGCUCUGUUUUUGAGCCACAAACUACAGAGGAACAAGUAGACACCGUGUAUGGAAAAGUCUACUGUACCAUCACAGGGGUUUCAAAACCCAACCGCCCCGUCAUCCUGACCUAUCCCGACAUCGGAAUGAACCACAAGAUGUGUUUCGAGAGCUUCUUUAACCACGAGGACAUGCACGAGAUUGCGAGACAUUUCCCCAUCCUUCAUGUGAACGCCCCUGGACAGCACGAGGGCGCCGUGACCUUGUCCACAGAGUACACCUAUCCUACCAUGGACCAGCUGUCUGAGACACUUCCUAUCGUCCUCAACCAUUUGGGGUUCAACAGUGUGAUCGGGUUGGGAGUUGGAGCAGGUGCCAACAUCCUGAUGAGAUUUGCUCUGAACUACCCUGACCUUGUCGAAGGCUUGGUUCUGAUCAAUAUCAACCCCAAUGCAGAAGGGAUAGUGGACUCCGUCACAAGCAAGAUCACUGGAUGGACCCAGACUGUGACCGACACAGUCAUCUCACACCUGUUUGGAAAGAAAGAAAUUGAGACCAACCACGACUUGAUCUGCACGUUCCGCCACGACAUCAUGACGUACAUGAACGAGUCGAACGUGGCUCAGUUCCUGCGCUGCUACAACAGCCGGACGGCUCUUGAGCUGAAGAGACCCAUCCCCGGUGUGAACCUCAACGGCAGAACUCUCAAGUGCUCGUCUCUGUUGAUUGCUGGAGAUGAUUCUCCCUCACUGGAGGUAGUGGUCGAAUGUAACUCCAAGCUGGACCCCACAAAGACCACCCUGCUCAAGAUGGCUGACUGUGGAGGACUUCCCCAGCUGGAUCAGCCAGCUAAACUGACAGAAGCCCUCAAAUACUUCGUCCAGGGACUGGGAUACAUGCCGAGCGCCUGCAUGACCAGGUUGUCACGCUCCCGCACCACUUCCACCUCGAGCGUGAUGUCUACCGACAGCGGCCGGGGCCGCGCGCACACCGACGAAGCUCAGCGCGGACUGUGGAGCAAGCCCAAAGAGCAGCGCGGACGCUCAAACACAGACCUCUCCAUGGACGGAGUCUCCACCAGCCAGACGGAAUCCAAAUCCAAAUCCAAAUCAGUGCUAUGCUAAACACACUUGUUUAUCUGUUCUUGUAUUUCUGCCAUUUUGUUUGUUUGUUGUUGUUGAGUUACAUUUUCGUUUCACCCAUUGAUUAAGUGUUGAGCUGCAUUAAAGUGCAUUUUUGGUUAAAUGGGGAUUUGCUGAUGAAUGUAAAAAGACCUACUGAUUACUAAAGAUCAGCCAACGAAUUGGACAUUGGCGCGGACUCGCACGCACGCACGCACGCACGCACGCACGCACACACACACACACACACACACACACACACACACACACACACACACACACACACACACACACACACACACACACACACACACACACACA